UGUUUUCUUUUCUCUGUUUUCUUCGCCCAUUUUUGCGCUACUGCGUCCCUUCGGUGAUUCGUUUUCCGUUUCCUUGACAAAGUUGUUCUUUUUCUUUCGUGGGAGGUGAUAUUUCUGCUUUUGCGGAUUGAGUGAGAGAUGGGCUGAUGACUGCGGUGGUAAUUUGGCGUUGUCGCCAUUCUAUACUUUGCAUUGGCGUUGACCAUUCGUUACUGCGCUUUAUCUCAGUAACUGUAUGUUACUUGCACUUGACGGGGUAGCCGCAGAUCUAGUGAGCGGUUCCUGUUUAGAUCUUAUCUUGCAUGAGUGAGCAUUGAGAUGGAUAAGCAGCAGACACUCAUUUCCAAGAGAAGUCCUUCCUUACAUCAACUAGGUUAAAAGACGUGUUGCUUAUUGGAUUAGAUCAGCAACUGAAAUGCUUUUUGCUGUGGAAGGAGGAGGAUUUUUUUCCUCUUCGGCAUCAGGGUACAGCAAUGGUCUUGCUCUUCUUCUUCUUGGCCGGAGAAAUGUGGACAAGCCUAUAAAAAUUUCUUCAUGGAAUCACUACCGAUUGGUUGAACAAGAAGUCGAGGCAGGUUCUCAGCUGGCUUCUAAUAACGAUCAUGCUUCUUGUGGAUGUGCCUCCUUUUCGUGCUUUGGUUGUUCUUCUGCAAGACUUGAUGAGCCAUAUUCCAGGAAGGUUAGCCUUGUUCACCAGUCUAAAAUUCCAUCAGAUUCAUCACCUUCAUCUGAUAGAGGCAAGUUAACAAUCAAUGAUGCUGUCAAGUGGGAUGAACGAAAGACUUGUCUCAAGAGCAAUAUGAAGAAGCCCUCCAAAGGUUAUUCUAUGGUAUGUGAAGCUGAUGAUGCUUGUGAGUUGUUGGAAGAGGCAGACAACAAGAUGUCUUGCUGUACUGUAGGGAGGAAAGUUCAGUGGACCGACAAAUGCGGAAAAGAGCUUGCUGAGAUAAGAGAGUUUGAAGCCAGUGAUGAUGGAUUAUCCGAUGAUGAUUUUGAAGGCGAAAGUUUCAGAAGAUGCGAAUGUGUGAUUCAGUAGGCUUCAUUUCUGCGCAGAUGAAUCAGUCUGAAACUUGGGCAGAUCAGGCAUGAAUUGUUGUCAUCUAGCAACUGCAAAGCUCGCUUUUGUGCUACUUUUACAGAAUUCCAUCUCAGUGAGUUCUUGGAGAAAGGAGAAACCAGGAAAAGUCUUUUUUUUUCCCCUCAUUUAUUUGUUUUGUUGGAAGUCCCAUGUGUCAGCUACCCGCUUGUGAAAUUUUGGCAGUGUGCACUUUUUAUCAAUCUUAGCCUACAGAUUUGUAGCAUAACCCUUUUACUGCUUACAGAUUUCAUGUUUAUACUACUGCACAAAACCUUUAAUCCCGAAAUCUCAUUGCUCAGAUUCUCCUGGA